GCCCCGGGAGUGCGCGAGGCGCUUCGCUCCCAUUUGCUGCGGCCGCUGGGCGCGGGGGCAGCGGCGGCCGGACCGACCGCAGGGACCCGCGGCGACCCGGGGCCUGAGAGGCGGGCCGAGCGCGGGGAGGCAGGGGCCCAGGAGGCCGCGUCCAUGGGCCCGCGGCGGCCGAGCGGUGGCUGUACGAGCGGGCGGCGGGGACCGCGCGCUCUGUGAGGGCCUGGCCCACGUCCCGGCCCCGCGGAGCCGCCCUGACCGCCGGGGGCGCGCUCCGGCCUGCGUCGGCGGCCCGCGGCCGGUGUGAGGCGGGGACAUGCCGCGGCGCCCGCGCUGACCGCCGAGCCGCCGUGCAUGGUGCCGCCGCCCCUGCCGCCGCCGUCUGCCGGGCCGGCCUGUGGGCCUCGCCGCCGCCGCGCCGACCAUGUCGGCGGCCAAGGAGAACCCGUGCAGGAAAUUCCAGGCCAACAUCUUCAACAAGAGCAAGUGUCAGAACUGCUUCAAGCCCCGCGAGUCGCAUCUGCUCAACGACGAGGACCUGACGCAGGCAAAACCCAUUUAUGGUGGCUGGCUGCUCUUGGCUCCAGAUGGGACUGACUUUGACAAUCCAGUACAUCGGUCUCGGAAAUGGCAGCGGCGGUUCUUUAUCCUCUACGAGCAUGGCCUCCUGCGCUACGCCCUGGAUGAGAUGCCCACAACCCUCCCUCAGGGCACCAUCAACAUGAACCAGUGCACAGACGUGGUGGACGGAGAGGGACGGACAGGCCAGAAGUUCUCCCUGUGCAUUCUGACCCCUGAGAAGGAGCAUUUCAUCCGGGCAGAGACCAAGGAGAUCAUCAGCGGAUGGCUAGAGAUGCUCAUGGUCUAUCCCAGGACCAACAAGCAGAACCAGAAGAAGAAGCGGAAAGUGGAGCCUCCCACACCACAGGAGCCAGGGCCAGCCAAGAUGGCUGUCACCAGCAGCAGCAGCAUCCCCAGCGCCGAGAAAGUCCCCACCACCAAGUCUACACUCUGGCAGGAAGAAAUGAGGGCCAAGGACCAGCCAGAGGAGAGCAGCCUGAGUCCAGCUCAGAGUCCCAGCCAGAGCCAGCCUCCUGCUACCAACGCCCUGAGGGAACCUGGGCUGGAGGGUGAAGAUGAGGAGAGCGCCAUGAGCAGCGACCGCAUGGACUGUGGCCGCAAAGUCCGGGUGGAGAGUGGCUACUUCUCCCUGGAGAAGACCAAGCAGGACUUGAAGGCCGAGGAGCAUCCACUGCCCCAGCCGGUCUCCCCUCCCAGCCCCAGCACCCCCAACAACAGGUACAGUGGCCCUGGAUCGCCCUCCCAGGAGCUUGGUCAUCCCUUUCCUUCUCCAGGUUCUCAACCCUUGCGUCGAAUGGUCUGCAGCAGCUCCCUCGGCUCUCUGGAUGUGGCCAGCCAGCCUCCCGCUCAUGUGGACUCCAGCAGCCCGGGGGGGCGGGGAGCAGAGAGACUGGGGUGCACCUUUGCCUUUAAAGCCAGCAGGCAGUAUGCCGCCCUGGCCGACGUCCCUAAGGCCAUCAGGAUCAGCCACCGAGAAGCCUUCCAGGUGGAGAGAAGGCGGUUGGAGCGUAGGACUCGGGCCCGGAGCCCUGGCAGGGAAGAGGUGGCCCGUCUGUUUGGCUACGAGCGGAGGAGGUCUCAGGUCAUCGAGAAAUUUGAAGCCUUGGACAUUGAGAAGGCAGAGCACAUGGAGACCAACUUGCCAGCGGGGCACUCGCCAUCAAGUGACACGCGCCAGGGCCGCAGUGAGAAGAGGGCGUUCCCUAGGAAGCGGGACCUCCCCAGUGAAGCCCCCACAGCUCCUCUCCCGGACGCCUCAGCCUCCCCCCUGUCUCCACACCGAAGAGCCAAGUCACUGGACAGGAGGUCCAUGGAGUCCUCACUGACGCCUGACCUGCUGAAUUUCAAGAAAGGCUGGCUGACCAAGCAGUACGAGGAUGGCCAGUGGAAGAAACACUGGUUUGUCCUUGCUGAUCAAAGCCUGAGAUACUACAGGGAUUCGGUGGCUGAGGAGGCGGCUGACUUGGAUGGGGAAAUUGACUUGUCUACAUGUUAUGAUGUCACGGAGUAUCCAGUGCAGAGAAAUUAUGGCUUUCAGAUACAUACGAAGGAGGGCGAGUUCACCCUCUCAGCUAUGACGUCGGGAAUCCGGCGGAACUGGAUCCAGACCAUCAUGAAGCACGUCCAUCCGACCUCAGCCCCAGAUGUGACAAGCUCCUUGCCGGAGGAGAAAAGCCGCAUCAGCUCCUCCUUCGAGACCUGCCCAAGGCCAAGUGAGAAGCCGGAGGUGGAGCCCAGGGAGCCAGACCCUGAGCCGAAGAGGAGCCGAGCUCGCGAGCGCAGGCGGGAGGGGCGCUCCAAGACCUUCGACUGGGCUGAGUUCCGCCCCCUGCAGCAGGCCCUGGCUCAGGAGAGGGCGGGCGCAGGGCUGCCCAGCAGUCUCUCCGAGGCCGGGCCAGGGGAGCUGGAGCGGGAGCGGGCGCGCAGGCGGGAAGAGCGCCGUAAGCGCUUUGGGAUGCUCGACACAGUGGACGGGCCAGCCACUGAUGACACGUCCUUGCGGAUGGAGGUGGAUCGGAGCCCGGGGCUACCUGUGACCCCCGAUCUCAAGACACAGAAUGUCCAUGUGGAGAUAGAGCAGCGGUGGCAUCAGGUGGAGACCACCCCUCUCCGGGAAGAAAAGCAGGUGCCCAUUGCCCCUCUGCACCUGUCCUCUGAGGACAGAAGUGACCGGCUCUCUACUCAUGAGCUGACCUCCCUGCUGGAGAAGGAGUUGGAGCAGAGCCAGAAGGAGGCCUCAGACCUUUUGGAGCAGAACCGGCUCCUGCAGGACCAGCUGAGGGUGGCUCUGGGCCGGGAGCAGAGUGCCCGGGAGGGCUAUGUGCUGCAGACUGAAGUGGCCACCUCCCCAUCUGGCGCCUGGCAGAGGCUCCACAGAGUCAAUCAAGAUCUGCAAAGGGAGCUGGAGGUCCAGUGCCGGCGCCAGGGGCUGACUACGCAGCAGACCCAGGCCCUGAAGUGCAGCUACGGGGAGGCUGAGGAUGCAGUCCGGCACCAUGAGGCCGAAAUCCGCAGCCUCCAGGCGAGGCUCAGCACCGCUGCCGCCGAGCUCACCUUCAAGGAACAGGCACUGGCCCAGCUCAAGGGGGACCUGAAACUGGAGAAGGACAAGGCCCGUGAGCACUUGGAGGAGUGGCAGCACAGCAAGGCCGUGCUGAGCGGUCAACUUCAGGCCAGCGAGCAGAAGCUCAAGAGUGCAGAGGCCCUGCUGCUGGAGAAGACGCGGGAGCUGCGGGACCUGGAGACGCAGCAGGCGCUGCAGAGAGACCGGCAGAAGGAGGUGCAAAGGCUGCAGGAGCGCAUCGCAGACCUCAGCCAGCAGCUCAGUGCUAGCGAGCAGGCCCAGCGGCUGAUGGAGGAGAAGCUGCAGAGGAACUACGAGCUGCUGCUGGAGAGCUGUGAGAAGGAAAAGCAGGCAUUGCUGCAGAACCUGAAGGAGGUGGAGGACAAGGCCAGUGCCUACGAGGACCAGCUCCAGGACCACGAGCAGCAGGUGGAGGCCCUCCAGAGGGAAAAGUUAAGCGCCAGGUCUGAGGGCAGCCAGGCGGUGCGCCAGCUGGAGGAGCAGCUGCAGGUGAAGGAGGCCAGCCUCCAGACGCUGGCCCAGCACGUCCAGAGCCUCAGGGAUGAGCGGGACCUGGUCCGGCAGCGGUUCCAGGAGCUGACAGAGCGUGUCGCCCUGUCUGAUGGGGAUGUUGCGGAGCUUCAGCAGAAGCUGCAGGGCAGGGAGGCCGACUACCAGAGCCUGGAGCAUGCCUACCAGAGGGUGGCCAGCCAGCUCCAGGGCAUGCACACCCUGCUGAGAGAGAGGGAGGAGGAGCUGAGGCACAUCAAGGACAUGCAUGAGAAAGUUCUGGAAAAGAAAGAUCAGGCCCUCAAUGAGGCUUUGGUUAAAAUGGUUGCCUUGGGGAGCAGCUUAGAGGAAACAGAAAUGAAGCUCCAGACAAAGGAAGAGAUUUUAAGGAAAUUUACCAAGGCAUCUUCAGAGGAAGUAGAGGAGCCGCAGAGCUCCCUGGGAGAAGCAGAGGAUGGCUUUGCGCUUUCGGGCCUGCAGCUCCCAGCCUCAGGCACAUCCCCAGGCUGCCCACACUUGAGGCUUGAGGAUGAGGACCCAGGGGCUGCCCUUAAGGAGAAACAUGGGCACAGCAGCCCCAGGAGAGAAGUGAGCAUGAUGCCCCCGAAGUCAGAAGUGCCUGAGAAGGAGGGGCACUCGUGGAACACAGCAAAAUGUGAGCAGUGUGUACCCGGCAUUAAAAGGCAAAGAAUCCGGUUCUCCACGAUCCAGUGCCAGAAAUACACCCACCCCGAUGGGUCCGAGAAGACCUGGACCAGCAGCACGUCUUCCGACACCAGUCAGGACCGGUCACCCUCCGAGGAGAGCAUGUCGUCAGAGGCCACCCUCAGCUCUGUCCCUGCAACCAGCGACUCUGAUACCUACCUCUCCAUAAUACACUCCCUGGAGACCAAGCUCUACAUCACAGAAGAGAAGCUCAAAGAUGUGACGGUGAAGCUGGAGAGCCAGCAGGGCCAGAGCCAGGAGGCCCUGCUCACACUACACCACCAGUGGGCUGGCACUGAGGCCCGGCUCCGCGAGCAGCUCCGCGCCAGCCUGCUCCAGGUUGGCACACUGGCCUCCCAGUUGGAGCAGGAGAAACAGGCCAGGGCGAAGAUCAUUGAAAAUCACGUAGGGGAGCUUGGCAAUUUCCAGGUAAAAAACACGCAGGCCCUUGCUUGCUUAGAAAAUUGCCGAGAACAGCUACGGUCUCUGCCAAGGUCUGGCCAGGAGGAAGCCCCGGGGGCAGGAGCAGGCCCCCUGGCCAGCGUGGAGAGCGUGCUAGUAAGCGCCAUCCAGGCUCUGCGUCACUGGCCAGCCCCUGCAGACAGCGGGUCCCAAACUCCGUUGGAAGAAGAGAGCUUCCUGGAGAGAGGGAAGGAGACUCUGCGGCAGCCGUCCCCGCAGCCGGAGCUGACCGAGCAGGAGCAGCUGAAGCUUCUUGCUGAUCAAAUAGCUCUGGAAGCCUCUCUGAUAAAUCACAUAGCAGACUCUUUAAAAAACACAACGUCAGAUAUCUCGCACGUUCUCGAUGAGGUUUCUCAGUCAGGAAAGUUGCCCCUGGAGUCUGGGAGUGCAGUCUGUCUGGGGGCCCCAGCAGACACCUGGGCUAAGAAGGUGCUGGUGGAUGGUGAAUUCUGGAGCCGGGUUGAGUCCCUGAGUAAGCACCUGGGGACAGUGGGGGGAGAGGCAGCCAGUGCAUCAGGAGGUGGGCAGCAGAGCAUCCCACCAGCCCUGGUCCCCACCCUGGCAGACGCCACGUGGGUCAGGGCGGAGCUUAGCUUUGCUGUGCAGUCAGUGAGGGAGUCAUUCCACCGUCGGUUGCAGAGCAUUCGGGAGACUCUCCGGGGGACCCAGGCAGCCCUGCGGCAACAUAAGCACGCACUGGAAGAAAUCCUGGGAGCAUACCGAACCCCUGACUUUGAGAGGGUGAUGCAGCAGGUCGCAGAGGCCCUCAAGCUCCCAGCAGGCACUGCAGAAGGUGUCCAGGCUCCCUGGGACUUGAGCCCAUUAAGAGAAGAACUGAGUCAUCAAGACACAGCUGGCUUCCAGGAGCCCUUCCACUUCUCGGACCAGAGCUCUGGGGCCUUCGUUGGGAUUCAGGAAGAACUCGCCCUGCAGCUUAAAGAUAAAGCCCGCCUCUUAGGAGAGAUAUCUGCCUCUUUAACUUCUCUUCCCCCUGUGGAAUCCAUAAGAGAUUGUCAGAAGCUUCUUCAGGUGUCCCGGAAUCUCUCCUGUAACACUUAUUUGGGAGGCCUUGGUCAGUAUUCUUCAUUAUUAGUUAAAGAUGCAAUUAUUCAGGCUCAGGUGUGUUAUGCAGCCUGCAAAAUUCGGCUGGAGUAUGAAAAAGAGCUUCAGUACUACAAGGAGUCCUGGCAGAGCAGGGGGGCCUCCUGCCAGGAGCACGAGCAAGCUGUCGGAGCCCUGAAGGAGGAGUACAAGGAACUUCUCCGGAAGCAGAAGAGUGAGUACCUGGAAGUGAUUGCCAUCAUUCAAAGGGAAAAUGCAGAGCUCAAGGCCCAGGUCACCCAGCUAGACCAGCAGCAGAGGUAUCUGGAGGAAGUGGAGAGCAAGCACAAUGAGAACAUGUUUGCCCUGCAAGGAAGGUACGAGGAGGAGAUCCGGUGUGUGGUGGAGCAGUUGAACAGAGCCGAGAAUACACUGCAGGCUGAGCACAGCCGAGUCCUGAGCCAGCUGGAUGCCUCAGUCAGAGACAGGCAGGACAUGGAGAGGCACCAUGUGGAGCAGAUGCAGACCCUGGAGGACAAGUUCCAGCUCAAGGUCAAAGAGCUACAGACCAUCCACGAGGAAGAGCUAAGGACCUUGCAGGAGCACUACUCCCAGAACCUACAGUGCCUGCAGGAGACCCUCUGCCACUAUCAGGGCCAGCCGCCGGAAGCCUUGCUGGCCAGCAGCCCCCACCAGCCCCCUUCCUCCACCUGGCCAGUUGGCCAGCCCAGGGAUGCUCUGCAAGUAGCCACUGGGGAGGCCGACUCCAUGGUGGGGCUGAGGGAGCGCAUCCAGGAGCUGGAGGCUCAGAUGGACAUCAUGCGGGAGGAGCUGGAGCACAAGGACCUGGAGGGUGACACGGCCACGCUGCGAGAGAAGUACCAGAAAGACUUCGAGAACCUUAAGGCCACCUGCGAACGAGGGUUUGCAGCAAUGGAAGAAACGCACCAGAAGAAGAUUGAAGAUCUCCAGAGGCAGCACCAGCGAGAGCUGGAGAAACUGCGAGAGGAAAAAGACCGCCUCCUGGCUGAGGAGACUGCAGCCACCAUCUCAGCUAUCGAAGCCAUGAAGAACGCCCACCGGGAGGAGAUGGAGCGUGAGUUGGAGAAGAGCCAGCGGUCCCAGAUCAGCAGCAUCAACUCAGACAUCGAGGCCCUGCGGCGGCAGUAUCUGGAGGAGCUGCAGUCAGUGCAGCGGGAGCUGGAGGUGCUCUCGGAGCAGUACUCGCAGAAGUGCCUGGAGAACGCCCACCUGGCCCAGGCGCUGGAGGCCGAGCGGCAGGCCCUGCGGCAGUGCCAGCGCGAGAACCAGGAGCUCAAUGCCCAUAACCAGGAGCUGAACAACCGCCUGGCUGCGGAGAUCUCCCGGUUACGGACACUGCUGACAGGGGACGCUGGUGGGGAGGCUGCUGGCUUGCCUCUCACGCAGGGCAAGGAUGUCUAUGAGUUAGAGGUUUUAUUGCGAGUCAAGGAAUCAGAAAUACAGUACCUAAAACAGGAGAUCAGCUCUCUCAAGGAUGAGCUACAAACAGCAUUGCGGGACAAGAAGUAUGCCAGUGACAAGUACAAGGACAUCUACAAGGAGCUCAGCAUCGUGCGGGCAAAGGCCGACUGCGACAUCAGCAGGUUGAAAGAGCAGCUGAAAACAGCCACGGAAGCACUGGGUGACAAGUCCCCCGAGAGCACCCCUGUGGCAGGAUAUGAUAUAAUGAAAUCUAAAAGCAACCCUGACUUCUUGAAAAAGGACAGAUCCUCUGUCAGUCGGCAACUCAGAAACAUCAGGUCCAAGUCCGUAAUUGAGCAGGUCUCAUGGGAUAACUGAAACGAGCCCGCUUCCAGGUCCCUUGUCAUAGUCUGAAGGAAGGCCUGACGGUGCAGGAACGCCUGAAGCUCUUUGAAUCCAGGGACUUGAAGAAAGAUUGACUGUGUCCCGUUCAAUUUGAACACACACCCUUCCCAGCUUGGGGCUGCACAACCCGAAUGCUACUUUCCGUCUGUACCUUUACUUUUUAUUAUUAUUGUUAUUAUUGUCAUUGUUGACUGUGGGUAUGGAUGCAUGAGAGACAGGUUUAUGGGUUGUUCACGCUGUUUCCUGCUGUGUUGAUGGACCUUCCUGUUGUCUUUACCCACGCUUGUUUCCAUGGCGAUUUACAGUAAGCCGAGGGGUGGAGAGCUGGCUCUGUGUUGGAAUCCCUUCCCACUGUGGCCCCCUCCCUCCCUCAUGUCAGUAUUAAGGCCCGGCAGCCGAUAGAUAAGCUAGCUCUGCCUCGUGAGCUGCGCGCACUGCGCACGGCCCGCUCUGCCGCACGCUGGUCGCUUGUGGGGGACAGCACUGGGCUGUGGUGUGGCUGGGUCGCUGGCCUGCAGGAGCGGGGCAGCCGGGUGCGGUGUGUGGCCUUGGCUCCACCUGUGAGCUUGGGAGGAGGCCAGCAUUUGGUAUCCGUCCCACGGAUGCAGCUAGCUAGAACCACACCUGGGUGUUUGUGGUAAACUUUUCACAACCUUGAAGAUGUCGGAACAGCUUUUCCUGGUUUUGUCUGUUUUUUAUUAAAUCUGGCACAAAACCCCACCCUCUCAUUCCUUCCUACGCUCACUCUUUCCUUGGUCACCAGUCACCCUGUCUCCAUAACUAGUUAGCUUGUGGACCUGUGGCCUGGGGUUUCAGACUGCAAGUGCAAAUAAUGAUGAAUUCCCUCUGAAAAGAAACCUCAGAUGGCUUUGGAAAAGGCUAAGAGAAGACCCCUCUGUUAAGUCAGGAAGAAAGUGCAGAGGAUGUCAAAAUCAGAUGGAAAUUGCCCGUUUUGUGUUCUUAACUCUAAUUUAAUUAAUCUAAGGUCUGAAGAGUUCCCUUUUAGCAUUUAGAAAACCUAAAGUAAACCUAUACUAAUAGUUCUGUUUUUUAACAAGUUGAGUAAGACCUUUUUAACUACCACAAAACACUCUACAGCAGUGGUCGCCAACCUUUCGAACCUCCCGGACCCCCAGUGGUCCGCAGCACUUCUUGAAAAGAUCGUAAAUUGGAGUUUCUAUUAUGGACCCAUGAAAACCAUUAGCCCUAAGAUGAGGAGUAUAAAACCAGGCGGGACCACUGCUGCCUUAGGAGCAAGGUGGGUCGCUGGGGUGGAGCAGGGCGCUGCCUCACGGCUGGGAUCCGAGGCCAAGAGCCUGCUUUCGCUCUCUUCAUGCUCGAGCUGGGCUGAUGGUCUCUGGGUGCACAGAGGCUUGGGGGUCAUUGUAGAGAUCAUCUUGCUCAGUUUCUAGAUUAAAGGAGUGAGCCAGCUCAUCUGGGAAGAGUCCCGAGAAGGCCCUGGUCAAGAGCCCUCGUGUGUGUCCUCUCACACGAUAGACUCGGAGCUCUCUGCUGGCAUGAGUCUGCCCUGCUCUCCUUUUAAGAGUCUUAACCCAAACCUGUCGCUCCCUUGCUACUGUUCCAUGUUUUUAAAAGUAAGAGAAUGUAGCUCUGUUUCCUAAUCCUACUUACCAACAUCCCUUGGGACGCAGAUUCAGGGUGUUUUUAUAAAGGAUUGUGACUUUCUGUGUCACGUGCAGGAUUCCUGGAGUGCACAGAACUAUGGGGACCCCUGUUUCCACGCACAUCCUGGCUCUGCAGGCCGACUGGGCACUGUGGCUUCAUGGCCUUCCUUCAGAGAACUCGCCCCGAGGUUCUGGGCAGGUCACGCAUGGAGUCCAGCUCCCUCUGCCUUCAGUCUGUGCUGGGAAGGUCUGAAAUCUGUGAUGCUUUUGAACAGGUCCAACGAGCAUUCACUUCACUCAUUUGUCCCUUGAGGUUAGGUCUCGGGAAUCCUGGGAAGCAAACGUGUUGAGUGCAGCAUUUGGGAGUCAAAGGCAGAGGCCAGGGAAGCCCUCUGGUCACUGCGGCCUCUGUAAGGGACCCUCCUGCUCACCCACUUGCUCUCCUGGGCCUGGUUCGAGCUGGAGUUACCAGGAAACAGGCUGGGAAUGCUCAGCUGGCUGAGAAGCUGUCUCCUCUAACACAGGCUGGUCCCGCUGCAGCCUCCCACAGAGAGUGCGAGCUGCCUUGGCCUCGCUGAGUGUCCGUCCAUAGUGACAACUGCGGUCAGGCCGAGCCAGGUCUGAGCCUCCUGCUGCUCGGUCCUGCUCUCCAACUGGAGAGCGCGCAGGACGGGAGCAAAGUGGCCUCACUCCGGCCUGUGUGUCCCCGGGCCCUGCCGCCAGCUCCGCUAUACAAUGCCCUCUAUGUGCUCCCUGCAGGCACCAACCCCCAGGAAGAGUUCAGCCACCUAACCACUGAGGAAAGGAGCAGUGUGGAGGCAGGCCGCCCACAGGGGCUGUGGAGGGGGAGUGGGGGAUUGGGAGCCCGCUGCUCUGGGCUUCUGCUCCCAGCACGAACCAAGCAGUGGGAGUGUCCACACUUUCCCAGGAAGGAAAAGGAGACCACGGGCCAGCUCCUCUCAGCUGUUAACUGUUCUCCUAUACAUGUGCACCCUCACCUGUGAUCUGUGAGCACCUUGAACAUGCUGUGACAAUCUCGUUAGUGGGAAACGUGUGACUGUAACAGACAGGUGUGCGAACACUCGCGUUAACUACAGGAGCACAUGCGGCGGGCCCUUCAGGCCUGGCCUGCGUGACGCCGGGCGCCCUGCAGCCUCCGGGCAGCAGUGGAGCUGAGGCGGCAGAGAGCACUCUGCCACUCGAAAUGGAGCUUGUGCACCAACGUGGCAGAAAUGAGUUUGAAUUUGUGGCAGGAAGUGGUGGCAGCCCUGGAGUGACAGGCGGCAGCCAUGGUGGGAAAAUGUGGGUUUGUCAAGAGCUAAGAUCAGAAGCCCCUCCUUAUGAGUCCGGCAAGUGGAAAGGCAGGGAGAGCCGGGAAGGGCCCCAGGCUCUGGCUGGUGACAUGGAAGUUGUCACGCCACAGCGCCCAGACCUAGGCACUCACUGACCCAGCAUCUGGGCACUGGGACCCGCACAGGCCACACACAGGAAGAGGGGACUGCAGUUUUUUAAAAACACAGUUGUGACUCUCAGUCUGCCUGAAAGAAAUAAGGCCAGGAAACAAAAUGGGCUUGAAAAGUACUUUGCAUGGAGAUGCAUUUCUAAUAACCACAGAGGCAGAUGGAGCCCUGAGAGGGAGCACGGUCCUUCCUGUCCCUGCUGCCGGGUGGUCCCCUCAGCAAGUCUGUGUUAGACUCAUCCCGAGGGUGAGCAGCACAGUGCCAGCCUGCCCCGCAGCGCCUGGAGGCUGGGCGCCACCCGUGGCCUUUUCUCAGCUACACGUGACAAGGCGAGCUGGGUCGCUGCCAGCCCAGCGAGGAAGGUGCUGCGGGCACCCAGAGUGUCCCGGCAGGCAGUGUGCCUCGGAGGAAAGGUUUCUUUUCUCCCUCAUUGCUGUAACAAUGGCUCCUACAGCCCAGGGCCCUUCAGCCUCGCAGCUUACAAGCAGGGCCUGUGGCCUGACUGCGGGGAGGUGUAGGGGUUGUCUUUUCUGUUCCCUACCCGCUGACGCCUGCGUGAUGCCUUCAUGGCUAACCCCAUCCUCCGCCACUCCCUUCCGGUGUGUCUGUGUCUAAGACAGUUCUUCAGGGAUUCAAAGCUGUUUUCAGUUAGAGUGAAAAGAAUGCAACCCAUCAACAUUUAUUUUUCCUGAAAAUAAAAUUUUCUCAUCGUUGUCCUAAGGAGCCUUAGAAUUUAACAUUUCCCUUUAUAGACACAAUUUCAAAAAACAGAGUUCAGUGACACCUCUUUAUCACCAAAGGAAGGAGAAGGGAAUUUAAGUAUUUUCAGAGUUUUACAAAGGAGAUGGAAGUAUGUAGUAUUAUACAUAAAAAGGUUAUUUCAUAGGAAACUUGACAUAAACCCAAUAUGGAAACUCACACGUCAGUUUCUAUCAAGUUCUGCCUUCUGGGAAAGACCCGGGCAGAACUUUUUCCCUUUUGAGAACCUAAGUUUCACGUAUUCUUGCUUCUCUAUAAAGUGCAGAGGCCUACCUCCUCUGAAGUCUUUCAACAGAAAGCAGAAUAGCUCAACACGACCACCCUGUGGGGGGCCCAUCGAGCCCCCUCUCCUGUAGGUGCUCACGCAGGACUGUGUGACGACCUAAGCCCAGUGUGGCUCCAGUUUCCUUGUUUUAAAGCAGCUGUCUUUGUCUUCAAAUAACCUGUGCAUUAUUCAGAGCAAGCAGUGUAAAUACUCACUCAGAAGCUACUAUAGGAAUUUUUGUGACAAAAAGAGGUGUCUGUAUACAGCUAAGCAACAUCACACUUGAAGAUAGCGAGAACAGCUUUGGACAGCAUUGAACCCCACCCGACAUUUCGCUUUUAAUGACUUUCUCAAAGCUUUGGUCAUUGAACAGGUGGUUUUAAAGGCUGUAUACAGUAUCUGCAAUAAUGAUGACCCUGCACCCAAACAUUGUUUUUCAUUAAAAACUCUGUAAUACUUGUUCUUGGUAGAGCUAUUGAAAAUCCUGGAGGAAAAUCAGAAUAAAGAGCAUGGUAGUUCCAUCUUGACCAGAUCCUUCUAUGCAGUAACUUCAGACUUGUAGGGAGACAGUCUGGCCUCAGGCUCUGCACACAGCAGGGCUGCGUGCAGGGUCCUGCCGAGUGGGACCCUGGAUUUUCCCAGCUCUUGGGUUGCAUGAAGGGUGCAAACCCAUAACACUGAUAUUUUGUAAUACACGUCUAUGUCAAAUAGGUAAGGGAACAUUUAGUCAUAAAAUACUUAAGAAUUAGAUGGUCCAGUGCAGGAGAACGUUGAAGUCUCAGGUAAACAACAGCUGGUCUCCAGUUGCAGUCUUGCGGGGGCCCUGCCAGGCAGAUGUGAGCGCACAGUGAAGGACCACCAGACACCAGCCCGCCUGCUGCCUUCACGGUUCCCACACCCUUUGCUCUUUCCCCCUUUACAACUAGUUAUGUCACAUAUUUCAGUUUUAUUUUAUAGAAAGCUAGGAAUAGAUUAAGAACACUAAAUUAUUGUGUUAUGUUUAUAUCACAAAACUUCAAUUAAAAUGGAUUUUAGGAUUUACCUUUAGUAUUUACAACAUAUCUACUGACUUUUUGUUAGGAUUCAAACUGGUUAAGUGAUAAGAAUUAAUUCAUAUGGUUUCCUAAGUAAUAUUUAUAAAAUGUAAAGUUUCUAAGUGGUUCCUCAAUAAUUAUAAUUAGUGAUUUUUCUAUCAGGGUAAAUGUCUCAAUUCAGCUACUAAAGACAAAAACAUACUAUGCUAAACUGCUGGGAGAGCUGAUACACGAACAAAGUGAAAACUGUACAUAAUUUUUCAGCUAAGGAGUUUGGAAAUAAAUCACAGCAGUCACUUCUGUCACUGCUAAUUAUUUCAACAGUUAGGUGAUACAUGUUUAAAGAACAAACUUGUGUAAUUUUAACUGGUGUUGAAUUUCUGUACUAAUGCUAAAUGAUAAUGUUCACCCGACUAAAAGUCACAUGUGGAAGAGAGCAGGGGCCUACGCGGCCCAGGUGACCACACACAUCGAGGCUCCACCGGAGACCUGGGCGGAGGCAGCCCCGGAAGCAGACGCCCUCAGAGUGGGUCACCACCUGUCAGGCUGUCGAGUCUGGAAGAGGAGAGCCUGGUCAGUGAGGCUGCUCUGUUUUGACAAUUCAAAAUUUUAUGGUUCAGUUUGAGGCUUUAAAAAAAAAAGUUUCUGAUCAACUUUCACUACAACUGAAGUAUUACUUUGUCAAAAUAUUUAUUCCUUUGUGUGACAUGCUAGAUUCCUAUGGAUAUAGCUGGUCAUUUCUAUUUUGUAAAUACUACCUAACUUUACAUAAACUAUAUCAUAAUAAACUAUUUUUGCAUCACCCUU